AUGCUUCAACUUACAAAGAGAAAAGCUGCAGUAAAAAACAAAAAUCAUAAUAAGAAAGGAAAAUUUUGCACAAAAACUAAAGCUGAGAAUAAUGCAGAAGUGAAUAUAUUAGAGGAACAAUUAAAGAUGAAUUUGAAUAAUACUUUUAGUGAAAGGGAUUGA